AUCAUCAAGAAGAAGAAGAAAAGGCAAUUUCUUUCGAAGUAAGUUUACUUCGUGUAACUAUAGCAUAUGUACUUUCUCUUAUUUUAUAUUGUUUAAUACACAGAACGAGGAAUGGACAAGCUUUGGCCUCAAUUGAAAAGCGUGGAAUUCGAUGGUACCUCUUCGGCAAAGGAAGAAUUGAAAGCCGGGAUGGAGGGAGGGAGACCGGAGGAGAAUGGAAUGGUACUUGCUAGCUACUGUUCAUGCUUAACGGAAACCGUAUUCUCUCUUUUCUUUCCCCCAAAGUUUGCACCUUUAUCUGCAUAGUUAAUUACUCAAAGCUUAUCUUAUUAAACCCUUUUCUUUCCCUUUUCUCUCGUUAGAUCUGUGAUCCCUUCUUCCUUCUUCCUGCUUAUUUUUUCAUGUUUCUUCGAUGCCAUGCUAGAACUGAAGAAAGUUGAUGCUUUUAGGGUUCCGUUUCUGUGAUUUUGGGUUUUGGGGUUUUUUUUGGGUCAUAUGGAUUCUCAGCUUCAAAUGGGGUUUCCAUAAAAUCACCCGAUUUUGUCGAGAUUCCAUGCAAAUCGAUUGAUUCUGUAGUUAUAUCCAUCUGUCCGACUAUCUUCCCCCACUCACUGUUCCUUCCUGAAGAAACAUUUUGCUGUGGUGUUAAGGUUGAGAGAAGGAAGCUUCCCGGAAAUUGGCCAGAUUAGAGUCUGUCGGUCUUCCCAGCAGCGGCAAAAUCUUAUUUGGCGCCAUAUAUGGGAAGGAAUAAUUGUUUCCCUUUCUGGGGAGACUAUUUUGUAGUUAUUGAAGGGCAAAGUUUCCAUCUUUACAGAUGGAACAGAUAUUGUGUUUGCUUUUGGGGUUGGGGAAGGGACUGGCUGCUGCUGAUACUACAAUUUGAGGAGCUAAUCAUCAGCUUUGGAUUGGGGAGUCAUGUUCGAGGAAGACCCAAGGAGCAUAAUCUCGCACAUUGAGCUCUCGAUCUUCGACAAAGUCUCUGAUUCUAAUAGCACCACCCGUCGCCACCAUCUGAACCCACCAAACAGCAAGCGUGCUCGAUUCUCCACCACCACCAAUAAUACCUCCACAUCAUCCAAGUUCAAAGGCGUGGUACCACAGCAAAAUGGCCACUGGGGAUGCCAAAUCUAUGCCAACCAUCAAAGAAUCUGGCUCGGCACAUUCAAAACUGAGAGCGAAGCAGCCACAGCCUAUGACAGCGCUGCCCUCAAGCUCCGCAGCGGCAAUGGUGGAGACAACAUUACUGUGAGGCGUAACUUCCCUCUCAAUACCUUCACCGCCCAAGAACCCGAGUUCCAGACCCACCACACCUUGGAAGCCAUCCUCAGCAUGAUCAAGGAUGGCACUUACCAGUCCAAGUUCGCUGAGUUCAUCAUCUCUCGGGUGGGCACCACCACUGAGCUGACCCUCAACCUCCCACCUAGGCCGAGAAUGAUGUCAUGCGGUGAUGUCAGCUGCAGGCGGUUGUUCCAGAAGGAGCUGACACCGAGCGAUGUAAGCAAGCUGAACAGGCUGGUGAUUCCAAAGAAGUAUGCAGUGAAGUAUUUCCCCAGGGUGCCUGAUGAGGUUGUAGCAAGUGGCAACAACAAUGUGGGUGAGGAGGAGAGCAAUCUGCUGCUGAGCUUCUACGACAGUUCAUUGAGGACGCUGUGGAAGUUUCGGUAUUGUUAUUGGAAGAGCAGCCAGAGCUUUGUGUUCACGAGAGGGUGGAAUCGGUUCGUGAAGGAGAAUGGGCUCAAGGCCAACGAUACCAUAACUUUCUGCUUGUGCGAGAGGCAUGGGGGUGGAGAGGUGGGAACUGUCGAGACGUUUUUCAUGAUCGACGCGAGCAACUGUAAGGAGCGCGGGAAUCCUCAGCCGGGUUCAAUGGUGAAUCUGCAGUUAGGCAGCGCUAGGAGAUCGAGUAGUACUGUUCUUUGCAGUGAAAUUGACGAGAUCAAGGAGCAGCUGAGGGCUGCUGAUGAUGAAAAGAAGGGGAUUAAGCUCUUUGGAGUGACGAUAGCUUGAUCCUUAACAGUUAACAGCUUUAGGACUAUGGCUCAAAACAUUUCAUGUGAUGGUAUAUGGAGUAGAAUUAAUCUGGAUUUUGAUGACAGGUUUAGGGCUGAAUUUUGUUGUGGCCCAAACUCGAAUGUGCAAGAUCAGUAAGAAGUAAAAAGCUUCUAUCUUGGCAAAGCUGCAGCCUUAUGUGGUUUCUGCAGUUCAUCCUUUGCUUUCAUUUUAACUUUCACGGCUUAAGUUUUUGCUUCUUUGGUGGGUUCUACAUCAAUUUGAAUUAGAUCGAUGAGUCGAUCCACAUAUACGUCUUGCUUUUACUGAUAUACUGCUAGAUGCAUGUAACUUUGGUUGCUGUAUGGUGGUGGUGCUU